AUGGAUCCUCCGCCCGGCCUGAUAGCGACGUUCAGGAAGUUCCCCAAGGAGCUUUUCCGGAUCAAUUAUGGUCCCGACAUCCAACUGCGGGAAUGGAACGGGCGCUGGGGCCGUCGCAAUUUCGACAUCAACGCCCCCCAGGGCUGGGUCUUGCCCAAGGCACUCGACGCGGCGACCUACAAAGGCCCGAACGGUGCCGCCAUGCAAUCUAACUCGCCGUUGCAACAUUGGCUGGUAAAGCGAGCGAGGGCCGAUCUCAUGGUUUAUGCUAUUCCUGAAGGUGAGCGUCUCUAUCUGCACGGUCUUGUUAUUGCAACAGGCCCUGACUCUGGACUCGGUAGGCACGACUCUUCCCAAGGACUUGGUUCUGGUUCACGAGGGGCCAGAUCGCUACUCGCUCCAGCCAGCACAAAAGAUGUCGCUACAAGAUCUGGACUCCAAACUCACAAGCUUUAUGAAAGCGAGAGGGACGCCCUUCACCAGAGCUCAAUGGCUGUCAGUAUACCGGAAAGCCACGGAACUGAGUGGAUUGGUCGACGCAAAAAGAGCACGUUCCGAGGCGUAAUGUAA